UUCAACAGCCAACAGUUUAUCAGCAGCGGUCCGCCAAAAAUCCGCAUUCUCAGUCAAAGGUUCCAGCAGGACAUAAGCGGCAGCUACGAAUACGCUUAUGACCAAAGUAACGGACAGAGGAUGGAGGAGGUGGGUCGAGUGCAGCCGGGACCUCAGCCAGAGACCGGCAGCAUCUCCCAGCAGGGCAGCUAUCAGUUCAUUGCCGACGACGGCAACACCUACAAGGUCAGCUACGUGGCCGACGAGAACGGCUUCCAGCCUCAGGGCGCCCACCUGCCGCAGCCUCCAGCUCAGAUCCCCGAGUACGAGCAGCUGAGGCGGGACUACCCGCAGCUGUUCUGGGCCGAGAACGGAGGGGCUGGCAUCAUCCUCAAUGACCAGCAGCAGUUCAACCAGCGGCAGUUCGAUCAGCAGCAGCUCAACCAGCAGCAGUUCAGCCAGCAGCAGUUUGAUCAGCAGCAGCUCAACCAGCAGCAGUUCGACCGACAGGAGUUUGACCAGCAGCAGAUUAACCAGCAGCAGUUUGACCAGGUGCAGUUCGAACAGCAGCAGUUUGAUCAGCAGCAGCUCAACCAGCAGCAGUUUGGCCUGCAACAGCUUAACCAGCAACAAUUUGACCAGCAGCAGGUCAACCAACAGCAGCCCCAGCUGCAACUGGUAACCGCACAACAAUUUGAUCAGCAGCAGUUCAAUGACCAGCAGCUCGAUCAGCGGUUCGAUGGACAGCAGCUUCAGCAGCUAGAUGAUCAGCAGUUCGACCAGCAGCCGUUGAAUAGACAACAGUUCGAGCAGCAGCAGGUCAAUGACCAGCAGCUAAAUCAGCAACUCACAUUGCCAUUGUUGGACACCCGAGUGGGAGACCUGUUUAUCUAGUCAGAUUGGACAGUAGCAGUGGUAAGUGUUUCAAACUCUGGACUGUGCUGGCCGUGUAGAAUUGCUGCCUUCAUGCAGUGAAAUAGUACGCAAGAUUUUCAUGUCUCUCUCUACGUGACAAUGCUCGCUUUAUUUGUUUUGUUUUUGUGAGAAUGUUCAUUGCGACGUUUGAGUUGUCGCUCACGCCGUGGCAUGUCCAUGUGUUGAAAGAAACGUCAUGAGUGUUGUGUGUUGCAUGCUGAGGAAUACAGUGUUUU